GGUUCUGUUGCGGCUCGCAAAAGUUUCAGGAGCGUCUCGUUCCGGCGUACUUUCUCAUUUCUCGCGGUAGUUAGUGAUUGAUUGCGCGAAGCGUGUGAGAGAGCCUUUAUUGUAGCUAAUAUGCAGGUGUGAUCUGUUUAGUAGCUGCGAAUUUCUAACCAAACAGGAAGAAUCAACCGUGACGUUGUUGACCUCGGCGAUCACACCUUUCGACCUGCGUCCACUUCUGUUACCGCGACGAUGCAGUCGAUCGUCUUACUUCGCCGGUGCCGGCGCCUGAUGACGCCAACUGCUCGGCGCCUGCUGAGGACGUCGCCGGCCUGCCUGGAUGCCGACGAGGACGACGUUUCGGAGCUCACGAAACAGCGCUGGGAUGUGGUCAUCUCGGGAGCUGGACUCGCUGGAGCUGCUCUGGCUUGCGCCUUGGGAACAUCCGAGGCGUUUGCGAACAAGCGAGUGCUGCUUGUAGACAGACGUCAACUCCGCUCGGAUCACGAUGAGGAGAAUUGGAGCAACCGCGUCUACGCACUGACGCCGGGAAGCAGGAGCUUCUUGCAAGCCCUCGGUGUAUGGGACAUGCUGCCCAAGUCCAAAGUGCAGACGAUCAAGCGAAUGCGAGUUUGGGAAUCGCACUCCACUGCUUCCAUUGCCUUCUUUGGGCGCACAGCAGCCAAUGAAGUGGCGUUCGAUGUCGACAUGGGCAACCUAGCGGAUGCCCUUUAUCGUCGACUGGCCCAACUACCAUCGCAAGUGGUGCGCGUCGUUUCUGGAGUCAAGGUGAUGAACUACGAACUGCCGACAUUGGAGAGGUUUGACCCGAUGGGCCCUUGCCAACCUGUCAGAAUCCACGUACUUGGAGAAGACAAGCCACUGGAAGCCUCCCUGCUGGUGGGAGCAGAUGGUUUCAACUCGCAAGUUCGCAAAAGCAUGGCUGUCAGGUGCCUCCAUUGGAACUACAACCAAAAGUCCAUCAUCGCCACCGUGAAGCUGUGUGAGCCGGUGGACAACUCGGUGGCGUGGCAAAGGUUCCUGCCGAACGGUGUGGUGGCCCUGCUGCCGCUGGACUCGGAACAUUCCUCGUUGGUGUGGACCGUGCGGUCAGACUUGGCAGACAAGCUGAUGCAGCUGCCAGAGGACAGUUUUGUGGAUGCCCUCAACAAGAGCCUUUGGGGUGAAGGCAGGCAAAUGCCCCUGGUCAACACAGCCCUCUCCACGGUUGCAUCACUGCUUCAAAGGUUCGGGGCCGCGCCCCCAGCCUGCAGUGAUGCCCCAAUGCGCAUCCUCUCACUAGUGCCAGCGAGCCGGGCCACCUUCCCCUUGGGGCUGAGUUAUGCAGCCCACUACGUGUUACCCCGAGUAGCCCUCAUCGGUGAUGCUGCCCAUCGAGUGCAUCCAAUGGCAGGUCAGGGUGCAAACCUUGGCUUUGGUGAUGCCCAGGAACUGGCCCAGCUCUUGGUUGAGUCUGUGUACAAUGGAAUGCCAAUAGUGAGCUUCGACACGCUUUUGCGCUACGAGACGCUGCGUCAACGGCACACAGUGCCCUUCCUGCUGGCCAUAGAGGCUCUGGUCGGGCUAUAUCGUUUCAACUUUCUGCCUGUGGUGGCAGCCCGCAGUGUGGGGCUGCAGCUCAUCGACGCCUGGGUUGGUCUUAAGGAAAGGAUAGUUGACCGUGCAUCAUAUUAAGCAAGAUUGCGAGCAUUUUGCUUGCAAUAAGCAUUUUGUACAGAAUGGUCUGAUAUGAAAGCCAAUGGUUAAAUGUCUUUCAUAAAUGACGAAGUGCGAAUUAAAGAAUGGUGAUUUACUGUU